AUGUGCGUGCAGCACCUCUACCCCCACGCCAACCUGCACACCAACCGCCCGCUCGAGUGCGUCACCCUCGCGCGCGCGGACCUGCGCGGCGCGAGCCUCCCCGGCAUCGUCCUCGACGGCUUGAGCCUCCGCGGCGCCCUCCUCGCUUCCGGGCGCCGCGCCCUCCUCGACGCCGCCGACCUCUCCGGCGCGUCCCUCCAGUCGGUCGACGCGCGCGGCGCCUCCUUCGCCGGCGCGAGGAUGAGCAAGGUCAUCCUGCAGCGCGCCCAUCUCGACGGCGCCAGCUUUGCGGGGGCAAGCCUCCACAACGCCGACCUGAGCAGCACGACGCUGCACGGCGCAAACUUCAGCGGCGCCGACCUCGCCUUCGCGAAGCUGACAAUGAUAACCGAGGGGAGAGGGAUCAUCUUCGACGGCGCCGUCCUCGAGGGGGCCUCCUUCACCGACUCGUCCCUCGACAACGCCUCCUUCGCGUCGAUGGAGGACACGAGGAAAUUAAAUUACACUGAAUUGAACUCGCAGGCGUCGAUGGAGGAUAUGAGGCUCAGCCACGCGCGCUUCGUCGGCUGCGACUACAGCGGCAUCUCGCUGGCGGACUCGUGGCUGACGCACGCGCAGCUCAGCGGGGAGGUCCUCACCGAGGGGCAGCUGCAGCACGCGGUGGCGGUGGGCGCCGACUUUACCGGCGCCGCGCUCAACAUCGCCGACUUUUACGACGCAUCGCUGCAGAGUGCCCGCUUCGUGGGCGCCAAGCUCACCGACGCCAGCUUUGCCGGGGCAGCGCUCUCCGGGGCGGACUUUACGCGGGCGCGCCGCCCCUCUUUUCCGCGGCCCCCUAGGCAGCCCCCCGCCGUCGGUGGGCCUGCCUCCUGCGCCCGGCCCGACCUCGCCGCCACCGCGCACUCCCCCAUCACACCACAGGUGAUCGACCUCGAGAAGGCGCGCUUCCCCAACGCCACGGGAGUGGCGGUCGGCCUCCCUCCCUUCCCUGCUCGAGCACCCUCGCCCCCUCCACCCGCGCCGCCGCUUCUGCCGCCGCCACUUCCGCCGCCGCCGCUUCCGCCACCGCUGCCGCCGCGUCAGCCACCCUCGCCCCCUCCGCCCACGCCGCCGCUGCUGCCGCCGCCGCGUCCGCCACCGCUGCCGCCGCGGCCGGCGCCGCUGCCGGCCGCACCGCCGCUUCCGCCCCAAGUUCCACCCCUGUCGUCGCCAUCGCAGCCGUGCGCGGGAGGCAACCUCACGGCUUGCUUGAACCUGAUGUGCAAGGCGCCGAGAAUGCAGGUGGAAUGCGGGAACCACUGUCUGAACUGCUACCAGUUCAGUGGACUGGGCUGA